GGCGGGGUUUGCGCUUCACCGGUUCGUAAACCACGCUAGUAAGGACGCUCACUUCCUAGUGAAGUAUACUUCUUAUUGUCUAUCAGUGGGAGUGUGUUUUCUUCAUCAGAGUCCUCCUGUGGACACACACGAACACUGCAAGUAAAGUGAUGGCGGAUUGGACGUGUCUUCAAUAAACUUCAGAGCAGAAAUGAGUGACCAUCUCCUCAACCCACUGACCGUCAUAUGUGCGGGAUCCUGCUUCGCCUUCUCCGGCCUGUUUUAUAAACUAUAUUCAGAUAAAAGACUAGAAGUACAGAAGCUGAAGGAGAUUCCAAACUUUCAAGCAGACCAUCACCUGCUCAGGAUCCUGAAUGCGUCGUCCAACAAGAGACUUCAUUAUGUUGCCGUAGAAGGGUUGGUGCAGGCCGUCGGAGAGCCCAUUUCCAGCCAGUUCGUGCCACGCUGUCACGGCGUCAUCCAAAAGAUAACUUUACACGAGCACUGGAAGUACUGGAACUCUGCUCUAAAAACAUGGGUCUCCAAGAAAGUGAACAAGCAGCAGACCACCAACACGGUGCCCUUCAGCUUGGUCCAGCCCGGCUCAUACAUCAGCGAGGUGUCCGUGCGGGUGGAUUCUCCUCUGGAGGCGCGCGGAGAUUACCUGGAGCAGGUGCACAAGAGGCUCAGGCAGGCCAAGGAGGGGCUGAUGGACGCGGUCGUGCGGGAGCUGAGCGGGGAGAAGCCCGUGGCCCUCGAGGAGCGAGAGGAGCUGCUGCGCGUGGGAUCGGCCCUCACCGGGUUCGGGGAGCUCGUUCUGGAGCACGAUAAGGUCAUGAGGCUACAGCCGCCCAAAGAUGGCCGCAGCUACAUCCUGAUCCCCAGCGAUUACAAGAGCUUCAUCCAGCGGCACGAGAACAGCACCAACAUGUGGAAGAGCUUGACGGCGCUGUUCGGAAUUACGGGGUUUGCGCUCGUAGCCGGUUUCGUCCACAGUGCCAUUAACAAGGAUAAAAACAACUAGCCGACUGAACCGUGAGGGUUUUUGAUUUAGGUUCCCCCAAAAAUGAAAAAUGAUCAUUAUUUGCUUAACCUCGAAUAGUUCCGAACCUGCGUGAAUUAGUUUGUUCUGCCGAACACAAAAGAUACUUUGAAAAAGGUUUGUAACCAGGCUUUAUUUUCCACUGUGGAAGUCAAAGCGGCUCGAUUGCAAACUUUCUUCACAAUAUCUUUGUGUUCAACAGAAUUCAUACAGGUUUUCACACGUUCAAAAUCAGGCGCAUAAUAGCUUUGAAUCAUUUUGCCAAUGAAAAUAUUUUUUCAAGCAUAGCACACUGGAUCCAAACUGUCUUUAUACUUGCAUUUCCUUUUUUGUGAAUCCAAAAUAAUGAGCUCUGUUCUACUUUGAUUUACCAAUAUUUAAAGUCAUUCCUAACUCACGGGUGAUCCUGUCUGUUGUGGACUUUCUCAUCAAGGUUCACCAAAAAACUCAAAUGGUAUCUCCAAAUGAGUGUGGAAGACAUUCGUAACCAUUAAUCUGUAUAAAUCAUUUAUUAUCGAAAGGGUCUGCAUGUCGUAAGAGGUUUAAAGGGCCACAAUAGGGCUUCAAAUUAUCUGUUUUCUUAUCCAUAAAAUUCGUUCAGAAUAUUGUGUUCCCUAGGAGAAAUGCUUAUUUGGAACAUGAUGGUAAAUAAAAGGUGCCGUGUAUAAUUCUUUUGACUGUACUAAAGCAUAAAAAUGUUUCCUAAAUCUCUGCAAAGUAAAACAAUGCUACAGGCAGCUAUUCUACAGAAA